AUGUAUUGGAGCAAAGUGCCGGUCCACGGAAGUGUACCUCGAAGAAGUUUCCGAGCGCAUUCUGCAUGUCUUUCCGAUGAGAUUCUUUGGUUAUUUGGCGGAUGCGAUGCGAAAGGAUGUUUCAGAGAUCUCUGGUGCUUUGAUUGUGAAACGAUGUGUUGGUCCAAACCAAAAGUUACAGGUGACCUACCUCCAGCAAGACGGGCUCACAGUUGCACAAUUGUCGAUAAACGGUUGUUUGUGUUUGCUGGUGGUGAUGGACCGUAUUAUUUCAAUGACUUGUACGUUUUCGAUACUGUCUCUCUCCGAUGGACAAAGCCUGAUGUCUUUGGACAGGCUCCUAGCCCACGAAGAGCGCAUACGAGCAACUACUAUAAUGGGCAAUUGAUCAUCUUUGGCGGCGGUAAUGGUGUGGGUGCUCUGAAUGACGUGUAUGCGCUUGAUUUGACGGAUUUCGAUCGAUUGGAAUGGAGAAAGAUCGAAUGUAAGGGCAAAGUGCCCAUAGGGAGAGGAUAUCAUACAUCCAACAUCGUUGAUGGAAAAUUGAUCGUGAUUGGAGGAUCGGAUGGUCAUAUGAGCUUUGACGAUAUACAUAUUCUCAAAUUGGAUACAAAGGUAUGGUAUCAAGUCAAAACUGAUGAAUCACACAAUCGACUUGGACAUUCUUCCGUUUUGGUAGGAUCUUAUUUGUUCAUUGUUGGUGGACAUAACAGUCACAGCUAUACACCGGACAUUCUCACUUUGAAUCUCGUCAAUCUGCAAUGGGAAUCAAGAAACGUUUGCGGAAAGAAACCACCCGGACGUGGUUAUCAUCAAGCAUGGCUACAUGACAGUAGACUUUUCGUUCAUGGUGGAUUUGAUGGAAAAGAAAUCUUUGAUGAUUUAUACUACAUCGAUUUAUCCGCUUGUGCUUAUUUACCACAAAUUACCAGUUUCAGCGUCGAAUUGGACGAUGAAUGA